GGAAAAUCCUUUCAAAGAUGAGAGAAUCAAACGGGAAGGAAAAUCAACAGUGGAACGGAAAAUCUCUUGUCCAAAAGAAAUAAACAAAAUCGCCUCUCUUUUCCAUCUUGUCAUCUUGGUUUGCCACCCUCUAGUCUUGCGUUUCUUCUGAAGCCUUCUAGAAAAAGAAGGUUUGCUGCUAUCCAGACGACAGCUAAGGUAUUCAGGCACGCGACCAUUUCUGCCCAAAAACGACGCCGUUGGUUGUUCUUGGCAACAGCAUGCUUCGUUCCUGAGGGGACUAUUUUUUUAAUAUAUAUAUUUUAUGUUUUUUUUUUCAUUACAUCUCACGCCAAGCACAUUUAGCAACUACCCUGACCGACGUACAGCAAAGCGCCUAGACACCAGUCAGACAGACGCCGACGGCUUGCUUGCUUUGCUGGUAGUGGUUCUGGACGGCCCGCUGGCUUGCCCUGCCUGACCAGAAACCCCCAAAACGACACCAAUCUGCAGCCCUUCUGCAGCAUCGGCCAUCUGUCUCUUUUUCUGGUCGCAUUGCAUCUGCCCGUCCGUCGCAUCAUUGGCAGAAACAGCUCCUUGACGAGUCUUACUUUUUGUCGAUCCUUCUUGUCACUCAUCCCGCGGCUCGACUCUUGCUCGACUCUUGACUUUUUUUUUGUACUUGACGCUAAGGGUUGGAACCAUUCAGCUACCUCCCCAACAAGACAUAUCCUGCAACUCAUCCGCCCACGUGCGACAACGCAGCAAAUCGACAACACUUUAAUCACACGAGAUUUUCCGCAAUUCGAUCUCCUAGCGAUAUCCUCGUUUUUCGGCUUUUCGACAACCCAAGUACUACCCAUAAUCCAGGCGAUCCAAAACAACCUCGAGGCGUGGUCUCUGGCGCCUUGCUUCAAUUCAGUAACCGAGCCUGCUCUGUCUAAAGUCGUCGGACGCAGGCUCAGAAGAUCAACAUGUCAGAAAGAGAACGCCGCUAUAGAUAUGCCAUCCCACGGCCUCGGUCGCCUACAUUCAACCCUGCCAGGGCCACGACUGAUGGCUUUCCCUCCUUUUACAAUGGUGGUGACCUACCUCCGAUGUCUACUACCUCACUUUACGACAUGAUGACGCCACGGGGACAAACUGCCGACUAUCGCCCUCCAGCUAUCCCUCCCUCGACGACCCAUCAUGCCACGUAUGUCGUUUCCGACUCUGCUGCUGCUAGAAGGGAAUCUUUGAGGCCCAGGAGCUCAAGCCAUAGAGAGCACGGUCGGAGCCAUCGAUCGCACUCUGAUGCCGCCACCCGGCCAAUCAUUGUUACCACCACGAAAAGACCAGAGGCGCCAAGCUCGCAUACAUCGUCCAACGCCAAGCCCGGAAGCCCAACACGCGACGCUUAUAGGUCGAGUGAUGACGGUGGCUCUUACUAUUCCCAACCCGCCUCGUCUCUGCGACCACGGAGCCGGCAGUCGUACGGCGGUCAUCACCACCCACCAUACAGUGCUGGCCUUGACAAUGAGGAAUAUCGCCGUCAAAGGGACCGCCAGACGGCUGACGACCGCUAUGGCCACUCCCGUCACGACUCGCAUCGGACCCGACCGAUGUCGGUUUACGCCAGCAUGCCUCCCUGCAAGAAUUCCGCGCCCAUUGACUACGACAAUGGGGAUGUAGAAUACACGAACCCUGGACAGCUCGCGAGAUAUGAUCUGGAGCACAGCCGUCCGGAGCCGCGCCGCCGCGAGAGCCUCGACAGGUACCACCGGCCCAGCACCAGCAUCUCUUCGGAUAUCGGUGGCAGACCCUACCACGAGUCUUCGCGCCGUGGGCCCCCACCUACCACUUGGGGUCUUGACAAGAUGAACCAGGGUAUAUCUUCGGGACUAUACGAUCAGUCCCGUGUGCCCAUCUCGCCGCUCACGUCUGGCUUUCCCCGCGAAUCGCAGUCCCGUCGGCUUAGUGGCAGCCUUGAGGUUCCAAACAGCCCAUUGAGGCACCGUAGCAACUCGCGAACUAGACCAGUCUCGCUAUACCAGGAAGAAGAGCGUCGACCAUCGCCGCCUGAUCAGCACCCUACCCAUCACCACCGCGGACGGGGCCGCGAAGACGAGCAGCACGUUCGCCGAGAGUCGCGAGACCGUGAUAAUGGAAGAGACGCUUACACGACCCCGCAAAGUGCCAUCGAGCAACGCGGCUUUGGUGUGAUUGUGGACGGGAAGCCUGUAGAGCCUCACCGCCGGGAUGAGUCUCGAGACCGGUACCGUGAACGCGACAGAGAUCGAUAUCGAGACGACGAUAUUGACCGAGUGUCGGAUGAGCGUCGUCGGGAACGCCGGGAACGAAGAAAGCUGUACCACGGUGAACCAAAACGACCUUCCGAUGACAGCUUAGACCGGGUCAUUAUCCGCGAGACCGAACGCAAGCCUGAGAAGGACGAUCAGAAAACCCGCAAAGACAGCCCGCGCCGCGACGAUGAUAUCAAGGACGACAAAGGCAGCAAGGAUGACAAGCAAGUCAAGGAAAAGAAGAGUGAUGGCUCAGUUGAUGGCACUUCACACGAGCCCAAGCGGCUGCGUGAUACUGUAGCUGCGGGGCUCAGCCUUGCCGCCGCCUCCAUCGGUAUUGGCUCUGCACUCAAGGACAAGGAAAAGGACAAGGAUAAAGAAAAGGACAGCGAGAGCAGCAAAGCUGACAAAGUAGUGACGGUCGAGAAGGUGGGAGGCGAUGACCGAGGUUCCUCUCGACGUCGCGAAUCAGUUUCUGCCGGUGCGCCACAGAGGCCCCUCGAUGAAGCGGAACAUCGACCACCGGUGCGAGGAAAGCCUGCGCCAGUGGUUGUUGAGUCUAGACCGAAGCCAGUUACAGUUCAUGAUGAGUGGGAGAUGGUCGACCGUCCGUCCGAACACAGGAGGAAGCCAAGCCCAGAAUCCAUGCCUGUGGCGGACAUGCAUGAGCGCAGUCAACAAGGACCCGAAGGGCGACUUAGCGAUGAUUCGGCAGACCGCAUAGUUCUUGUCGAGCGUCCUGGAGAGACAGCUCGUGCACCAAAAUCAUCGCACGAACCAGUUGCUGAUAAGGACGUCGAGAAGAAACCGGCCGCACUGCCUUCGAGCCCAACAGCUGAAGAUCAGCAACCAUUGCGCCGUUUUUCCCGCCGCGCACGUGGAGAAGCGGGCAGUGCGGCUUUCAGGCCAACCGAUACUGCCGAUCUCGUGGCGUUGAAGGCUCAAUUGGCUGCUCAAGAUACAUCUUCCAAGGAACCGGAGAGGGCGGCAGCGAUCCCUCCAGCAGCUCCAUCAGAGACGAACCCUCAGCCUGCUGCGCAGUCAGCCGCGCCACCUCCCCCUCCCCCUAAGGAGAUGCCUGUUCGCCGGGAGCCCUCGCCGGAGCGACGGCGCACAUCAGCUAGAGAUAUUUCGGCGGAGCGUCGGCGACCCCGGGAGAACUCGCCUGCAAGGCGUGCAUCCCCACCAUCGCAAAGAGACGACGAUGUUGAAUUCAUGGAUCAGAGUGGCUCAGUUGUCCAACAACGGGACAAAAAUGCUGGCGGAAGCUUCGACAGUACGAGCAGUCGAGGCCGCGAGCUGGUUGGACCCCACGAUGAAAAGGCGGUCAGAGUAGUCUCGCCACCGCGAGAAAAGGACGACAAGAAGCCUCUCAAAGGUAUCCUUAAGCCAAGCUCAAAGUUCCCCGAACCCGAGAACUUUGUUCGUGAGGGAGUGGCCCCGCACAAAGAUGACAAGACCAAGAAAGAUGUGCCUGCAGGCGCUCGAUGGACAAAGAUUGCUCGCAAGCUUGUCAACCCUGAGGCGUUGACUAUUGGGAAAGAGCGAUUUGAAGUCCGCGACGACUCUGUCAUUGUUUUGCGAGUCUUGAGUCGGGAGGAGAUUGAGGCCUAUACAGUUGCCACUGCUCAACUUAGAGAAAUGAGACUCAGGGAAUAUGAAAAGGCACGAGACCGGGAUCGGCGCAGGGACGACGAGAAAGACAGGGAACGGGAUCGCGACCGAGACCGUGACCGUGACAGAGAAGGUGACGAUGAGAGACGGCGUACCAGGCGCAGGGAGAAAGACGAAGAUAGCGAUGAUCGAGAGCCAGAUCGCAAGGACCGAACUCGAGACCGGGAUGACGAUAGAGAGCGAGACCGGGAUCGCGACAGACGCGAAAGAGAUAGGGAUCGGGAUCGGGACCGGAAUCGCGAUCGAGACCGGGAUGAUGAAAGGCGCCGACCAAGCCGUCGCCACUCGGACGACGACGAGGAAGAUGAUCGUUCCGGUCACCGGUCGCGCAGGGAGCGUCCUGCGAAUGACGACUAAUCCUUGGAUUUGUACCCACUUGACGAUUGGAUAUGUUUUUAUGAUGAUGCCACAUACCCCAGUUUUUUUACAUUUUGAAGCAUUGUUUACAAAGCAGGCGGGCGAGCAUUCAUCUUAUUGGAAUUCAUUGAGAACCCUGACUGGUCUACGUUGCUGGAAGUCUAUGCUGGACAUUAGACGGCUACUUACAUCGUGUCUAUUCGUGACUCCAACAAUCCAUGUGACCGUUCCGAGACGUCCUCUUAGGUUUGCGGACUAAAUACUCCUGCGGGUAUCCUUGGCCCUGGACCAGCUUACACGAGCUGCCGGGCCACGUCGAAAAAUCUUUGGUCCACUGACUACUGAAUAGGCCUAUAUUGAUACAUGUUCCGCCAUGACGUAUACAUUUUUCCUUGUCAAACAUGUAGAGAACGUAACAUGAUUAGUCGGACGCAAGGACGAAAGAAAUACACCAGAGAAGUAAAAAAAAACAAAAAAAAAACGAGGUUGCCAGAGAGUAUGCAAGGCGAGUCGUGAAGUCGGUAGGCAAGCAAGUAAAACGCUUCGGCUGUAUGGUGAAUCGUUCGGCAACCACCAUACAUCGCCAUGUUGGCAGGUCAUCGCGCCUAAAACAAAAAACACGAAAAUAACAUGAGAAUUCCAGGCCCCGGUGAUUGUGUCAUAUCAGUAUCAAAUCGAUCGGUGAACAAUCGGCAAGUCGUUUGCGACUACAAACCCUUUUUUCUUCUGUUUCCCUUCUUCUUUUCCCGCUCGGCCUUUUGAACUGAAAAGCACAGGCAAUCUUACAAAACAUCGAUUUGCUCAACGCGCUAGGAAAAAAAUACCGGGCAACACAGAAACCUUAUAGGACCCAUUUCAAGUAAACAUCUACGGCUUUGGGGAGGGUGGGGGGCUAGCCCGCGCAGAGCACGCGACAUCUUUCUUUUCCUUUCUUUUCUGCAUCUUAUGAUGAUUACACAUGAAACACUUAUCUUUGCGACGGUGCCAAAUAAGAAAAAAAAACACAAACACAAACCGGAAAAGGAGGGGGCGUGGAAUUUUAUUUUGUGCUUUGUUCGCGGUGAACCACCUGGAGGAAGCUUUUUGUGUUCGAACACUGGGUAAAAAGCGAGUCAGAAAUAUACAUUCCUUUUCAACGCAUACGCCACGACUAGGAAAGGUCAAUUUUGUGCCAAAUAUGCAGCAAAGAAGAA